AUGACUCCAAAAAUUGGAGAUCUUGAAGAAUUAGGGUCGAGAGCACACAUAUUAGCAACUUUCGGAAGGCAUAGAGAAGCUAUUGAAGUCAUAAACGUGGCCAUUUGGAGGUAUCCGAACGAUAAAAGACUUUAUAACAAUCGUUGUUGCAGUUACAUACAAACCUACGAUUUGCAAAAUGCAUUAUCCGAUGCCGAAUACCUUAUUGAAAAUUUUCCGGAUUUCGUCAAAGGUUACGUGAGAAAGGGAGAGGUUUUGACGAUAAUGAAAAGAUAUGCGGAAGCCGAAAGGGAAUAUAAAACGGCUUUGGAAAUGGUAGAAGAUGAAAAUAUACAUUUGCAUUUAUUACAAUUGCAACUACUGCAGAUAACGAGUCGAGGUUUUGAACCUUAUUCCGCGUGGAAAGCUCUCUGCGAAACGGGUAACGUACAACAAUCCCUCAGAUUGUUGAAAACGUCUUAUCGCAAAUACGAAAACAUGGUAAAUGCAAUUUUCAUUCGGGAUGCGUAUUUGAAUAAAAACGACGAGUGUGGUACGGUGACGUCAUUUUCGGAAGACGAUGCAGACGAUGAAGACGAAGAUGAGAUUCUCGUUAACGAUGACGUCAUGAAUAUAUUCAUCAACGACAAUUGUGUUAUUAAAUACGAUGAAAAAAAAAAUUUAGUUGGUAGUAAUUUAGUUGAAAAAAUACCGGAUAACGUUUUGACAACCUUCGGAGAUAAUUUUCUUUUUCAUUCUGCGCAGUAA